CAUAGUGCAGCACCACCACCAGGAAAUGGAGGAGCUGUGAUGAUGAUGAGUGCGUCGCUGCAGCCGAAGCAGCAGAACUGGGAGGGGAAACCAGCAAGCGGCUACAGGCGACAGCGACAACUUUAAACACUUUGCAGGUCUCGUGCAUCAGCAGGGGAAAAUGAGCGAAGCGAAUCAGCCCAAAGUUGAACUUUUUGUGAAGGCAGGGAGCGAUGGUCAGAGCAUCGGCAACUGUCCCUUCUCCCAGCGCCUCUUCAUGGUGCUGUGGCUGAAAGGAGUCACCUUCGAUGUUACCACAGUGGAUAUGAAGAGGAAGCCAGACAUCUUGAAGGACCUGGCUCCGGGUGCCCAGCCUCCCUUCCUGUUGUACGGCAGCGAGGUGAAAACAGACACCAACAAGAUCGAGGAGUUCCUGGAGGAAAAUCUCAGCCCUCCGAAGUAUCCCCGUCUGGCUGCUCGUAACCCAGAGUCCAACACAGCAGGCAUGGAUGUUUUCUCCAAAUUCUCUGCUUACGUCAAGAACUCAAACCCUCAGGCCAACGAAAAUCUAGAGAAAGGCCUGCUGAAGGCUCUGAAGAAGCUGGACGACUACCUCGGCUCCCCACUUCCUGACGAGAUCGACGAGAAUAGCGACGAUGAGCUCACUUCCUCAUCCCGCCCCUUCCUGGACGGCCAAGAGCUUACUCUGGCCGACUGCAACUUGCUGCCUAAGCUCCACAUCGUGAAGGUGGUGUGUUUAAAAUACCGAAACUUCAGCAUCCCUCAGUCUCUGACAAACCUCUGGAGGUACCUGAACGCAGCGUACGCCAGGGAGGAGUUUGCCUCCACCUGCCCGAUCGACGAGGAGAUCCACAUCGCCUACUCCUCUGUAGCUAAAGCUCUCAAGUAGGAGCCCAGCUGGAUGCACCCGUCAUACACCAGUACAAAAACACACAUUUACUCACCUGCACACACUCUGCGAGCAACUUGGUCGAUCAGUUUCUCAAGAGGCUUCAUUGCAUCUGUGCGGUCAUUUUUUGCAGCUUUAAAAGUUAAUAUCACCUUUUUAUAAUGUUAGUCCAUAUAGCUGGUUUUCCUAUCAUCAAACUAUACUCUUAGGUUUGGUUUAGAGAAGUUUAUUCAUGUAGUUUUCCAGCUUUUUGUUUGCCAAGUGGAUUAGUUUACAUCAGAAGGGAAACGAGGUAGCACAGGAGUCAGAUAAGCUGAUGCAAAAACAAAUGCAUGCACACAAAAAAAGAGUUAGCUGUGGCAAAAUGUAUUCCCACUUUUCCUGUACAUUCACCUCUGUAGGAAGUUAAUGAUGGAUCAUGUUGCUUACACACACACACACACACACACACUUAAAACUACAGCCUAGCUUGUAAUCAGUUUCACCAUCCGUAGAUACAGUUUAGAGUUGUUUCUUCUUCCUUUCUUGAUGAGGUUUUUUUUUUACAGUAUAUCUUUUUUUGGGGGGGGGGGGUCGUGCAAGCCUCACACAAGCUGAUUCACCUCUUAUUGUCAGUCUUGGUAUGAAGGAAGUGGGUUUUUUUAGGUCACAAACAUGCUUACUAACGCCAGCUCACCUGCCAAAGUGUUGUGGUUUGUCUGUAAUCACAGAUCCUUCACAUUGAAUUUAUUAUUUCAUUACUGAAGGACCAAGGCAUUUUAUUUAAUAGUUGAGGAUCACAAAUAUUAUUAUUAAUACUAAUUUUAUUAAAUAGAUAUAACAGCUUUUUAUUCUUCAUAGUUCACCUCAGAGAGGAAGUGGGGUGUUUUCCUCAGCGGCCCUGCAGACCGGGUAGCGCUGUAGGGAGGCAGAGCUGAAAACGGUUAUAGAGACAGGAAACUAUUUGAAUAGACUCGGGCUUCCCCUUUCUGCGCUCCCACAACAGGGGUGAAGGAUUAUUAAAGAUUAAGCUGUUGUAGCCUUUUACCAACAGUUUAUUUUGUUCUGCCUGUCAUAUAUGAAGGAUCCUUUUUAGUGUCAUACAAAAGAGGGAGAUCAGAUUGUAAGUGUAUUGAAGUGGCCGUGGAUGAAGAAGUUAAAAACUGUUGUUAACUGCUAGUCCUAAAUAAAGCUCAACAGUGGCAGCCAACUUUUGAAAUGCUCUGGUUCCGGAAGUGAUUUUCCCCAUUCAAUAUUUCCAUUGAAGUUUCAAGUAAGUCUACUUGGAUGGUUUAGACUUCAUGACUAAUAAUCAAAAUCCUUAUGGAGAAAAUCAAUGGGAUUUUUACUUCGAGAACCACACUGUUGAGCAUCUCUUGAAAGGACUUCUACUGCCUCCUCUAGUAGCUCGGGGCACAAGGCCUGCUAUGUCACAUGUUCUCCUAACGGGGAAAAAACAGCAGGAAGUUAGAUGUAAACAUGCACAAUGUUUAAAGUGAAAAUCACAUUUGCAGCUUUAGAUUGCUGUCCUUUCAUUAAUAAAAAGUAUAAGACUGGCAAUAUUCAAUACUUGUUUAACAUCAAUUCACAACAGAUCCCAUUAAAAUAUCAAUACUUUAUGAAUGAAUUAUUCAACCCUGUCUGCGGCCUCGAGAUCAUUCAGUCCUACUGAAGAUGGAAUCUUGGGUCACAAAUAUAUUAUUUAAUUCUUGCAAAUGCUAAGUAGUUUCCUAACACUGCAGGGCACUGCUACUUAACAAACCCCACUCAAACAGGAGUAAAUAGUGGGUAUUUACAGCAGAGGGAUGGUGUAUUUGGGAGGGAUUCAAAAUAAACUACAGGGCAUAUGUUCAUUGUAAUGAAAGGAACAUGUCUGUCAGUUUACCAAUGUAACUCAUUGAUGUGUUUCUAGCUCUAUGGUUUUGGUCUUUUUAUGGUGUUUGUUGACAAAAUUGUAUACAAUUGAUCAAUUUCAAUAUCACCAGACUUAUCCUUAAAUGAAAAACUGUGUAUACUUAGUGAGUGCAGGCUGUCACUUAACUGUCACGUAGGGCUGGACGAUUAAUCAAAAAUGUAUUGACAUCGAAAUUUGGAAGCUGUUAUCAACUUUUGUAUCGUUUUUUCCCAUGACGAUAAUUUCGAUAAUUUAUUCCUGUUGAUAGGCCUACUUUCUCCUUAAAAACAUUCUACCGCAUGUUUAGUCGCGUGACUUCGCCCGGACCAGUUAGCCGCAUGGAAAGCAUAAUGGAGGAUAACUCGCACACAGAGUCCGAUGUCAACAGCAAAUUGUGCCCCAAAAAACUGCAUUGUCCGUCAUCUGGAAACAUUUUGGCUUCAGAAAAGAUGAUGUAGAACCAUGUGAUUAAUUAUCGUUCAUUUGUUAUCGAGGUAAAAUGUGCAAUUAAUUGUGAUUUAGAUUUUAGGUCCUAUAGUGCAGCCCUAAUGUCAUGUGUCACCAGUAUAAUACACUCUUGUUAAGUUUGCUAGUCUGAAGUAAUUCUUGUAAAAGGGACUUGAAAUUGAACCGCUGGGAAGAACAACUAACCAGGCCUUGUCCGACUGCAGCUUGUGUAGACGAUUUUAUAAACUUCACAGCAACUAAGCAAAUUACCAAUAAUAGAGGCUGUUGGCAAUUAAGACUGGAUUUAUACAGUAGGUUUGUUGUGAGCCCAAGAUAGCCUCAAUAUGUGUCAUGUCUCUCAGAUCAGGGUGAAGCUCUUUAAAAUAAAAAAUUAAACCUAAGUGCAAUUCAAGCCGAUUGAAAAGGCAAGCUUAUACACAGAUGUUGAUUAUUUUACGCAUCCAGUGUGAGCACAGUUGGUUAUUUUUCUACAUGAUUUUAGUUAAAUCCUUCCUUGAGGUGUAAUGCAACGGUUGAUCAAAGAGAUGAUACUGUAUAUUUUAUAUUGACUCAAUUGUUAUGGAUUUCAUCUAUUUUCAAAAAAUGGACCAACGUUUAAAGGGAUCAUGUCUGAACUAUUUCAGUGCUCUUGUAUUUUAGUAUUUUUUUCUCUCCAAGUGUAGAAGUUUUUCACUUUUUACUGUUGGAUUUGAUACCAUUUCAGGGACCAUUUAAUACAAAAUAAAAAAAAAACUAAUUUGAUAUAUUCAUUAACAUGUUACUUUAAUUAGUUAGUUUUUCACUUUUUUUCUUUAAAUUUCAUAUCCUGUAUUUUCUUUUUUAUAAGACCCAUAUUGUGCUUUUGACUCAUUUCCCUACAAUAUUUUAACUUUUUGUUUUGUCUUUUUUCAUGUCAUGUAGUCAAAAGCAGUUGCACUUAAAAGUCCACAGGAUCAAAACAAACAGUGGUGUGGACACUAAACCAGUAGAUUUGAAUAAACUAUAAAGACAAUCAAACUAAUGGCACAGCUGAAUUGUAUUUUGUACUUUAAAGCCCUUUACAGACGCAUGUAUUAAUAUCCCAAUAAAGAAAUAUCUUGAUAAAAAAAA